UAAUACAGGAGGAGAUCGAUGAGCCACUCUCACUCAACGCAAACAAACAACGAAGGCGGACGCCAGUGUGACAGAGCCAACUACCAGUUCUAUUGAAAUCUGCACUCAUCUUUCAUACAGCACCGCCGUAAUCGUACACUACUAGCUUAUUCCAUCGCUACUGCAACAAGGAAAGGCUUGUUCAAUUUCCUCAACUUCACAAACCUCUGCGCACGGGCUGCACAUCCACCUUGGGCACAACCAAGAUGUCAUCAACCGGUUGGGAGAUUCGUUUCUCCAAUUCUCGUCAAAUCCCCUACUUCUACAACUCGGAACGUAGCAUCUCCACUUGGGAACCCCCUUCUGAACUCAGCGCAGAGCAAAUUCAGCAAUUGCCUGGCGCGGCCAAGUAUAUGAAUGUACAGUUGGCUCAACCUGCAGGUGGCAAGGAAGGUCAGGUGAGGGCCAGUCAUAUCCUGGCAAAGCAUGCUGGAAGCAGGAGGCCCGCUUCAUGGAGAAAUGAUAAGAUCACAAUCACUUCCGACGAGGCUCAAGCUAUUAUCGAACAGCACAUCGCAUAUCUUCAAUCCCUCCCUCCGGCUGAUCUUCCCAAGGAAUUUGCAAAGAUUGCCUCAACAGAGAGCGAUUGUUCAAGCGCGAGGAAGGGUGGUGAUCUUGGAUGGUUUGGGAGGGGACAAAUGCAAAAGCCCUUUGAGGACGCGACGUUUAACACUCCUGUCGGGCAGCUGAGCGGGAUUGUCAAGACGGACUCUGGUAUCCAUGUCAUCCUGCGUACUGGAUAGGAUAGUUGCUUUGACGAAUUUAGAUUGGGUGAUCUAUGCCAACGAACGGCUAUGGAAAUCAAAGUUGGGAUACCGUAUGCAUUAUCAUAUACAAGU